AUGGAGGACCAGGAUACUCUGGCUGGCCUUCGUGGCCUAUACCAGGAUCUUUCUGCUCUGUCGAACUCUUCUUUUGUAAACAUCGACCGUCUCCGAAUUGAGCUGGAGACUCACAUUGAAGAUUUCAGGAAACUCCUCGAUCGGCCCAGGAAAAACAAUUCCAGUCGUCAAAUUGUCAUUUCUGGGAAAAUAACGGUGAACAACGUCGAAUAUUCGGUCAACGAUGCAUUCAAGGAAGGGGCUCUGCAGCUUGCAGAUGCUCUGGAUAUCGAUGAGGUAGAAGCGGCAGUGCUGUUUUUAGAGGCACAGGAAGAUGCACAAGCGUUGGAUCGAUCCCCUCUCGUCGCUGCGAUUAUGCGUUUCCACGAACGUCGGCACUUCUUGCUCGACUCCCUGCGCCUUAUCUUCCAGGAAUCCUUCGAAGUCGAGCGGGAAGCGAACCAGACUCUUAUGCAGGAGGUUCUGGCUUUUGUUGUCGAGAUAAAGGACGGUCCUUUGCGAAACGCAUCGCUGUAUACGCGGAAAUGCAUGACAUCAAUGGAAGACAUUGAGAAAUGGAUUACUCUCCUUGGCGAACAGAUUCAGAAAGCCACGAUCGUGGGCCAGUCUGAAGAUCUUGAGGUUAUGGAAGCUAUUGAGUACCAGCGCAGUAGCUUGCAGCAACAACAUGAAUCUCUGGGCGCAAUCCUGUGCUACUUGUUCAAAGGACCUUACACCAGUUCCGAAGAUCUCCGCGUACUUUUAACCCGCCUAAGAAAGCUGGAUCGAUUCGAUAGCCUACUGGUGCAUUACAUUCCUUCGAUUGUUUCCUCGUUCGUCCAGCAUGGAUCACCUGAAAGCUCCGGUUCACACAAAGACGCGCGAGGACUUCAUACGGAGGUGACGUCCACCAAAGACGGCCAAUCUUGGCGCCUUCCGACUUUCCAUUCAUCGAUCAUUGCACUCUGGCUUGCGGUAUACAGUGGCUGGGAUUUUGACGGUCCAUCCUCCCCAAUUCCUGGCGUUGACCCCGCGAAGGAGGUCGAAGAACGCACCAAAAUGUUCAUGACUGCGCUGGACGAUGGAGGAUUAGACACAAUGCUGGCCAUCUGCUCCGGAGUUAACAACGAAGAAUGGGCGGAUCCGGCUCGCAGCGAACUAGUGACUUUGUUAUUAAAAGAAAGCGCUUCGUCUACGCUCGAUACGGAUGCCUGCUCUGCAUUCUUCAAGGCCCUGUUGAUGGAGUAUUUUGAGGUAUUCGCAGAAUCGUGUAUCGCGAAUAUGCCAGAUGCAGUUCGAAAGCUCAAGUCGGAAGAAGACUCUCAGAGAUUGGAUCAGAUCACCGCACUUAGAGACGGUCUAACUUCGAGUCUCCACCGUGGUCUAGUCGAAGCUCGGACUCAUCUUGAGACUUUCCUCGUGGUUAUGGCCUUUGCAUUUGAGCAACGUCCGGAUGCUGCGCAGGAAUUUUGGGCUGACCCGGAUGGAAACUUGUAUGGUUUCCUUCAAUGGGCCUCGAAACGACAGACUGUACCGCGUGUAAGUGCGUUCUGUGAAUUACUGUGUUCUAUUUCAAGUGGAGAGGAAAACGCUGCUGCGGCGCAUAGAUUCCUCUCUGAGGAAGAGAAACUCAUGUCCACUAAAUUCAAGAGAUCUACAUCUAUGAAUUGGUCGCAGAUGUUUGCCGAGCUGCAGCUUUAUGCGACAAAGGUCACUGAAAAGCCGUCUUCCUCGCAAUCCAUGCUACGAGCCCGGAAGUCCGAGCCCUCUGACAUGAGUGAGCCAGAAAGUCCGGUGAUGUUGACUUGUUAUCUACGGCUGAUGGGCCAUUUGUGUCGGCAAAGUGUCGCGAUCAGGGAUUGGAUGCUCCUCCAUCCUUCCUUCAGCAUUGUCACCACAUUAUUGACCUUAUCAAGUGGGCCCAUACCUACUCACCUCAGAGCGACUGUGUUCGAUACUCUGUCAGCCUUAAUGACUGACCGGACGGCUUCGAACGGCAAUGAGAUGUGGCUUUCGAUCGAUCAGUGGAUCUCCAGUGGAUCAAUGAGCGCAUCUGGCCAUGGGAAAGUUCCCUUGGUCUCAAAUCCUCUUGUGUGGCAUGAGCAACAAGCUUUCCAGAAGAUUGGCGAGGGUUUCGACCAAGCCAACGCCUUUGUGACCCUUGUGUAUUCACUCGUGUCUCCUACCACCGACUCCGCGGAGAACCACCUCUCGCUUCCCUUCCCCGAAUCUCUGGGCUCGUCCUAUCGUAUGCCGGGAAUUGAGCCUUACAUUGAUUUCGUCCUCGGUCGAGCAUUAUCGCGACGAAUCCCCGAUCUCAACGAACGUCAAGUUCGUAUGCUCACCUACAAUUGUUUGGACUUCGUUGUGACUUGUCUGAAAUCCUUCAACGAGAACAUUGUUACAGUCCUCAGUCAGCCCAGCAUAUCAUCCGAUAAUACACUCAAAACUCAAUCGCUGGUCAAUUACACCCGGCUCCAUCCGUUCGCACGGGUGGCUGAGUGGCUCUUUAAUGAAGAUGUUAUCAAAUCGAUCUUUGCAGCAGCUAAUCAAGAUAUUGCAGAUGUUGCUAGGUCUGCGGCUGACUCGGUCUUGGUUCUUUCUGUCGUACGCAGCCUCGAGGUCAUGGACCUAAUGAUGGAUCUCCAGUCGACCUACUUCAAUAUUGUUCGCCCAUUGGUCAAGUCUCAGGCAGGAGGAAACCGAACCAAUGUAGCAAAUUCUGCGCUUUCUGCAUUUGAAGACAGUAUCCUCAACUAUCUGUCGAUCAUCCCCGCUUUAUGUCUCUACUGCAGCACCGGCCACGAGCAACUCACUGUCACAUCCAUGGCGCUGUUGGAGAAACUCUCCAGCUCCAAGAAACUGAACAAGGUUUCGUCUCCUGAAUUGUCCAAGUGGAGAUCGUCGAAUAAAAUAGUUGAAGUACUGAGUUCAGAAGUGGAUGUUGACAGUGUAUCGCGCCCGCUUGUCUCCCAAAUGCAGCCUGAAGCCAGGGAACUUGAAGUUGGGGCACAGUCAGCUGGUUACAUCAUUCGUGAGAGCCUGCUCGCGCUUCUAAACUCCUGCUUGGGAACAAUCACGGAUCAGCCAACGAUAGCGCACAUACUUCUCGGAUUCCGCAGUGUGGGAAAUAUCCUGGAUGUUUCUCCCUCGGGGCUUUUCUCGCAGCAAGCUUCGUUAUUGCAUGCCAUUAUCGAAUUUCUGCAGAACUACCCCGAUGAAAUGAAUGGGAACAUCUUACCGUGGAUGGUGCGCCUCAAGCGUAUGGGAUUUGAAGUUUUGAAACACCUGUGGUCCUCAAAGCUCUCAUCCUACUUCACCCUUUCUGAAAUGCGUUCCAACCGCUUUCUUCUCAAUACCCUCGCAACCCAACCCAUAAUUGGACUACACACCCCAUGGGAUGGGUUACCCAUCUUGGCCGAAGAAUUCUGGGUUUCCAAAUCAACGACUGCCCUUGCGGAAUUCUUACUAUACAGAAGCUAUCUGUACAAUUAUGCUGCAACAGAGAUCCGCUCCGCCACCAAACUUGGUUCUCCGACUCUACAAGGCGACAUCCUUGCAACAUUGUUUGGAAAUGCGGUCUCAGAAAAGGGCGAGGGUAUUGUGACUCCUACUGUCUUCGACCUCUUCGACUUUGCGGACCUGGACAUUAGACACCCGCUUCCUCCGCCUGAGUUGGUGCUUCUUAGAGAUAUCGGCGUGGAGGCGUGCGCCAAGGCACAGGCUGAUGACUCACUUGUCAUUUACAACAUGGCCGAGCUGGAGGAGCUGAUCCAAGUCAGGAAGGAAGAACUGCAUUCAAUCGCGCAUCUGCGAACUCCAGAUGAGGAGCAAUUCAUAGCCGAGGCCGAAAACUUGACACUCUACAUACUAUCGGUCAAUCAGUCCCGGCAGAUCAUCUUCAACCACUACCUAGCUCUUCAGUCUUGGACGGAGCUCAUAACAACCAUUCUCACAUGCUCUGAAAUUGAAGGCGGACAAAAAUCGACUUUUAUCUUACAUUCAAUCCAAUUGAUCCUCCCUAAGCUUGACGCCGCUGUGGAGGAAGACUCCACGGAGGCCAUUGAAUUGGCACGUCUUGCCGAGACCCUGGUCAGUAACCUGGAGUCGUCCGAGACGAGCGUAACUCCUAUCCAACGAAGCGGAGAUGUCAUCGAUGAAAAGCUUCAUCAACUGUUCCAAAUCUGCGUUCGGGGCAUCAUUCUCGCCGCCGGCAAUGUUCACCUACGAGAGACCUUCUAUAACAUCUGCUCGCACUACAUCUCCCGUGUGAUUACCCCGGAAACGGCACACGGUGACACCAAACAGCAUAGUUAUCAGGUCAUCAGGGCAGCGGGUCCGACUCUGAUCGAAGCCGUAUGUGACGAUGCAUAUACUGGUCAAGAAACAUGCCGUGUGUCGGCUCUUCUGUUAUUGAACCUCUUGGCAGCCCUGGACAAACGAGAGGAAUCUACGUUGGCAGAGUCCAUGUCUCAGUCGAACUACUUGAGUCUAUUCUUGGAUGCUAUUCGAACGCUUCCAAUUGAGCUUAAAAAUGCCCAAGCCAGUGAUACGCCCUUGCUGUUAUCAUAUUACGAGUCUUUGUUGUCUCUCCUCCAACAACUUUGCCAAACUAAGAAUGGCGCCAUUCAAGUUCUCGGAACCGGUCUUUUCCAGGCAGUGCGUGAUUCGCGACUGUUCGCGGCUGAUCCUGAUCUCGGUAUUGACAUUGAUAACCCUGAUGCCCUUCGGAAGUACUAUGACCUUCUACACUCGGUGCUCCGCGUCAUCGUUUCCGCUGUAUUCUCGCGCGGUCUUCACAACGAGCAGAUGAUGGAGCAAACGCGGGCCUUCCUUGCCGAGAACAGACAAAGCAUGGUCGGUAUAUUCAAACGAGUUGCCAAGAUUGGAGGUGCAGGCGCUCCAGAUCAUCACAGCGCUCUCGGUGACCUGGCGAAGUCGUAUAUGGCGCUCAUCGCUGCUACGGAUUUUCUAGAGUUUGAGGAUGUCGAAGUAAAGGAGCAAAUGGGUGCCAAUCUUUUCUCCUGA